GUAACCUAUACAGAACACUAGGGUGCAGUAUUAUGCGGAUGUCAAUUAAGGUCGAGGUUGAUGUGUUGUUGAAUCUCUGAGAGGACACUAUAUUUUAAACAAUGUUGUCAUCUAAAGCAAGCGUGUUAGCUAGGCUGAUUCCUGAAGUGCGAAUGCUGGGGACUGGGCGCCUAAAGCAUACCCUUCCAGAUCUGCCAUACGAGUACAACGCACUGGAGCCUUGCAUCUCCCACGACAUCAUGAUGAUUCACCACCAGAAGCACCACCAGACCUACAUUAACAACCUGAAUGCCACCGAGGAGAAACUGGCAGUCGCUGUGGAAAAAAAAAAUAUCAACGAAAUAAUCACACUACAGCCAUCGCUGAAGUUCAACGGUGGAGGCCACAUUAACCAUUCAAUAUUUUGGAAGAUUCUGAGCCCCAAGGGUGGGGGUCUUCCAAAGGGAGAUCUUAUGGAGCUCAUAAAGAAUAACUAUGGUUCCUUUGACGCAAUGAAGGCAGAGCUUACAGCAGCGUCUGUAGGGAUCCAGGGCUCCGGUUGGGGCUGGCUAGGUUGGAACCCGGUCAAUGGGCGCCUAAGGAUUGCAACCUGUGCUAACCAGGACCCUCUGCAGCCAACGGCAGGCCUGGUGCCCCUGUUUGGUAUCGACGUGUGGGAGCAUGCUUACUACCUGCAGUAUAAGAACGUGAGGCCAGACUAUGUGAAGGCCAUAUUUGACAUCGCAAACUGGGAAGAGGUCGGCAAUAGACUUGCAGCCGCCCGCAUGAAGGCGUAAACCAGAGAGAGACUUGGCAUUAUAAACUUUUGAUGUGGAAAAACUUAUUUAUAGAGCCAGUCUAUGUAUUUAAAUUUUAAAUUUGGAGCUGUUUUUCUGCAAUAUUUGUGUGCUUAUUAUGAUACAGUUGUUUAAGGUUCAAAUUUGUAAAUAAUUUAUUAUUUCUAAAGCCACACAUACACUUGUAAAGCUUCAUACAGAUGUGUUAACACAGGUCCACAUCUGUAGAUGCACUUAUUAAGAGGCCAAUGGAUCUGUAAUUAAACAUUGAAAUACACACACAGACUUGUUCACUGAAUAAGAGGCAUUUACAAUUCAUAAACAUGAUUCUCAUUUCUUUAUGUAAUAGCACUACAAUGUUUUCAAGAAGAGGAUUUGUGGAUAUGGAAUUAGAUUUAUUUGCAAAGUUAUUGGAAUACAGUUUCUACUUAUUGUUCUUUGAUGCUUAUAUAUUUGGUGCAGCUUGUUAUAAAAUCAGAAUUGAAUACUUUUAUGAUAAGAGUCAUAAGAAUGUAUGUAUGAUAAGUAUUUGAUAUUACACAGUUAAUAAUGCUUUUAAUAUUGUAUUUAUGUAUAGCUUUGCAAUUCAAGAAGAGUAAAAAAUUAACAGGAUUUUGGUUUGGUUAAUUAAAGAUAUGUAACAUU